AUGCGUUUCGCUGCCCUUUCCGCAACGCUUCUGGCUCUCGCACAGCAUGCGUACGCCUUGCCACUUGAAGCCGAUGGGACUUCUGCGCUCGACGUUACCUUAAGCCGUGUCAGUGACACUCGCAUCAAGGCUGUCGUGAAGAAUUCCGGCAAAGAAGAUGUCACCUUCGUGCAUCUCAAUUUUUUCCGUGAUAGUGCACCCGUCAAGAAGGUCAAUGUCUUCAAGAACGAUGCCGAGGUUACUUUUGAGGGAAUCAAGCGGCGUUUCGUGCUCAGUGGUCUCAGCUCAGAGUCCCUUACCUCGCUUGCUGCAGGAGAGACUUUUGAAGAUGAAUUUGACAUUGCCAGUACCACGGACUUGUCCAGCGGAGGUGCUUUGACGCUCAACUCGAACGGUGCAGUGCCCAUAGUUAUUGACGGUAAAGUCACUGGCUACCUGCCAUACCGUUCCAAUGAUCUCAAGAUCGAUGUCGACGGUAUCAAGGCAUCCCGGGUCCAGAAGGCCAUCAAGCCUCUCGAUCGCCGUACAGUCGAGUCUUGCAGUAGCUCAAGCAAGAAGUCAGCACUUGCCACUGCUCUCAAGAACACUGUGAGCCUUUCAAACGCUGCCGCUGAGGCUGCGCUUUCUGGAUCUUCCACCAAGUUCAGCGAGUACUUCAAGACCACCAGUAGCGCAACCCGCCAGACCGUGGCCAACCGCUUCAAGGCCGUGGCUAGCGCUGCUGCCUCUACAAGCACUACAUCCUAUAAGUACUACUGCUCGGAUACCUACGGAUACUGCGAGACCAAUGUCUUGGCUUACACUCUGCCAUCUCUCAAUGUUAUCGCCAAUUGCGAUAUCUACUACACCUACCUCCCUGCAUUGGCUGAUGUAUGUCACGACCAAGAUCAGGCCACCACAACUCUCCAUGAGCUCACCCACGCUCCGGGAGUCUUCAGCCCCGGCACUGAUGAUUAUGGAUAUGGAUACAGCGCUGCGACAGCCCUCUCUAGCGCAAAGGCUGUGUUGAAUGCUGACUCGUACGCGCUGUAUGCGAAUGGUUAG